CACUGGGUAUAAAAUAUGAUAACUCAACAACCACGCCAGUGAUUUACUAUACAUUUUUAGGUUCCAAUAUUAAAAUAUACAUUAUCUUGUAAAUAUGAACUGAUGAUUGUCUUAGACAUAACUUUUCUUCAUGAUUUCAGGUGCCUUACUCUAUAUAUGAUCUGUACUCUAGGGCUGUCACAAUAUAGUGAGAAACCAAUCAACAUCAAUAUCACUGCAGUUUUAAUGACAACAUUGAAGUAAAAGCUCACCUGAUCAUAACUGUUGGAGAAUAGAAGACUGAUUUUACGUUAUAGUGUUACAGAUGUAGAUAGAUUUAAAGUGUCAUGUCCCUUCUGCAGCAAUGUGCCUGUGCCAGUUCGAAAACCAAGGAGUCGCCGACAGCUGUGCCUUACAGUCGUAAACACCAGACCACGUCAGCGAGUCCGCCUCAGAAUGAUGGACUGAGUCAGGGGGAGGACAACCGAAUACAUUCCACGAUGAUGUCAUCAGGCAGCUUUGUACCAGACACAAAACAUUACGAGCUUUAUACUGUUAUAGGGCGCGGGUGUAAUGACACAGCUGGUAUCAUCCUAACCAAACAUAUACCAUCUAGCAAACACAUUGCCAUCAAAAAGACCAAUCUCGAGUCUUGUGACAUCGACUUCUCAGUUCUCCAGAAUGAGGUGAUAUUGUGCCGACAACUACAACACGAGAAGGUCCUGCCGAUCCUGACCACCUUUAUACAUGACCAUGAGUUAUGGACGGUGAUGCCUCUAAUGGCCUACGGUUCCUGUAAGGACCUAAUCCAUGCCUACUUCACCAAUGGUCUAUCAGAACAGGCAUCAUCCUACAUCCUCAGGGAUACUCUUCUGGCACUGGAGUACCUACACUCCAAAGGAAUUAUACACAGGAGUGUGAGAGCAAGUCACAUCUUGGUAGCCGCCAAUGGUAAUGUGUGUCUGUCAGGCCUCAGGGAUGCCCACAGUAUGAUACAGCGAGGCCGGAGACUGAGGAUCGUCCAUGAUUACCCCCAGCACUUUGUCCGUUCUCUACAGUGGCUUGCCCCUGAAAUUCUGGAACAGAACUUGAUGGGAUAUGACUGUCUGUCGGACAUCUACAGUGUUGGAAUUACAGCCUGUGAACUGGCUAAUGGCUAUGCACCUUUUACAGACAUGCCAGUCACACAGAUGCUACUGGAGAAGAUUAAUGGUACCAAACCCGUCCUUGCAGACUGCACCACUAUAGCAGAUCUUGUGGGUGAGGAAAACACCAAUCAAGGUCACGAUUCUGGAAUUGACAGCGAAGCAACAAACAGCAGAGAGAUCACCGACCUUGCUAACGCCCGCAAAUUUUCCCAUCAUUUCCAUAACUUUGUUGAAAUCUGUUUGGAGAAAAGCCUGGAGACGAGGCCAAGUGCAUCCACAUUGUUAGGUCAUUCAUUUUUCAAGCAUCUGAAGAAAAAGACAUCAGAGAUGCUGCCCUCAUUAAUUCAACCACUGUCUCCACUCACAGACAUCAGCAAGUUACCCAAAGCCCAGGCAGGGGAUGUAGACGACUUGGCUGAGGACAUCAAUAACAUGUCAAUGGAGGAAGGCUGGGAUUUCUAGGUAACUGUGAGAGAUGUGAGGUUUAGGUACCCAUGAAGUUUUGGAACUGAUGCGUUGUAGUAUAAUUAUCAUUGAGAGUAUUGAAGGAAUGCGAUGGAUUUUAGGUAACUGCAAGGAUAUUGAAGUGAGGCUGUGAAAUCUUGGCAACAGAGAAUGUGAAAAAACUAUUUGUAAUUCUAGGAGCUUCUGAGGGUUUUGAACAGAAGGCUCAAUCUCAAAAGAACCUCAGAGGAUACAGAAAGGUUUUUUCCUUACGCAUCACUAGAACAGAAAGGGGAAAUGUUUGACUGGUGGAAUAGGAAUGGACAUCACUGUCUUGUAAAAUUAAUAUGUUGUUAGAAAAUAUUUUUGAAGACAACAAGUCUCUUUGAAUAUGUCAUCCAGUACAUGUAACAAUAGGAUCCUUAAUGAGUUCUCAUAAAAACUGGGGAUUUCUAAAAGGAGUCUUGAAAUUUUCAUUGAAGUUGCUGCAGAGAAAAAAAAGCAAGAUUUUGUGACAUUAAUAUGAAAUGGAAACAAGUUUAAGAUCGAUAACCAAGUAUGUUCACCAAAAAAAAGGACAUGUUUAUCGUACCAUUGUCAUCAGUGUGAUGUCACGACGUCCUGAAGUCAUAUCUACGUUCAUUAUACUGCUAUAACAACAGGAGGUGAACAAGGUCAUAUGCAAAAAACACAUAUAGUCGUGGUAUACAUGAAGAACCUUUGGGACAUUAAACUUUCAGUUAAUGUUAAUCGUUUUUCCAGGUAGUUGUGGAAUAACUAAACCAUAAAGUGUAAUGUUUUAUCUGUUACCUGAUUUCACACUUCAGUCUCAAAUGAUCAAGCUUUGAAAGAAAGAACCGCCACGUCAUUCAGUUUCCUUUUUGUGAAAGUAGGAUACACUCUGAACAAAUCAACACGUUAUUGUAGCAGUUGUGUAAACAUUAGAAAAAUAGUAUAUAUCUAAGAAUGUUUAGGAAUUGAGGCCAAUCUAUCUAAUGCAAUAUUUAUCAUUAUGUUGUAAUAUUUAAGAUAAAUGUACAUUUCCUUUCUCAUAUAAACUUUUGCAGAGGACUCUGUUGCUAAAAAUCCUGAAUAGAUAAACAUUACUUUCAUACAAUUUUUUCAUAUAAUUUGUAUAAAAAAAAUAUUAAAAUGAAAAUGUAGAAUUAUUUUCAGAGAUUCGCCUUCAGAAAAGAAACAAUCAUAUUUUCAGAUAUUUCUCACAAAAUUGGAUAAAAAAAUUCUGUUAACAAUUUGUAAGCUAUUUUGCCUUUGAACAACUGAGCCCUUGUGUUGAAAGUUAAACAGUAGUUGUGUCCCUUAUAAUACUCUAUUGUCACAAACAGAAGGGCGAUGAUAAACUGUGUAUAUUUGUCUAUUCUCUUGACGAAAUAUCUCCUUUGGCUGAGAAAAUAAGAUCAAUUAGGCAAAACAGUGUAUACUGGUAAGAUAAAACAUAAAAAUAUAUAAGAGUACAGUGUCUAAAUGUUAGUACAAUAUCAGAUA